AUGAUGCCGGAACUGGGAAGAAGACCGAUGCUUAGAGGUAACGAAGAUUCGUCUUUUGGGGAGGAUUACGAGAAAGAGAUUGGAGCUUUACUCGGAGAGCAGCAGCUACGUCACGGAGAAGCUGAUGAGCUUGAGAGAGAGCUUAACUUGUACAGAAGCGGCUCUGCUCCGCCGACUGUGGAUGGUUCUAUGAGUGCUGCCGGAGGGAUUUUUAACGGCGGAGGUGGGGCCCCUUUUAUGGAGUUUGGUGGAGGGAACAAGGGAAAUGGGUUUGGCCUAGACGAUGAUGAGUUUAGGAAAGAUCCAGCUUACUUGUCUUAUUACUAUGCUAAUAUGAAGUUGAAUCCGAGGUUGCCGCCGCCAUUGAUGUCUAGAGAGGAUAUGAGAGUUGCUCAGAGGGUUAGAGGGAGUAGCACCGUGUUAGGCGGUAUUGGGGAUCGGAGGAAAGUGAACGAGAGUAGGUCUUUGUUCUCUAUGCCUCCUGGUUUUGAACAGAAUCAGAUAAAGCAGCAGCAGCAGCACGAGUUGGAGCCUGAGCAAACUAAUGCUUCUUCUUCUGAGUGGGAUGCUAAUGGUCUUAUUGGUUUGGAUCUUGGAGGCAAACAGAAGAGCUUUGCUGAUAUCUUUCAGGCUGACAUGGGGCAUGGGAAUCCCGUUGCACAUCAGCCCUCACGUCCGGCAAGUCGUAAUGCCUUUGAUGAGAAUGCCGGCAACACGAAUAAUCUGUCUCCAUCUGUAUCACAAGCCAUUGAUGCGACUUCUCCAUAUAGCUACGCAGCUGUUCUUGGUUCUUCCUUGUCUAGAACCGGAACUCCAGAUGCGCAGAGCAUUGCCAGGGUGCCUAGUCCUUGCCUUACUCCCAUUGGGAGUGGGCGAGUGAGUUCAAAUGAUAAGAGGAACACAAGUAAUCAAAGCCCCUUCAACGGUCUCAACGAGUCUUCUGACCUUGCCGCUGCUUUAUCUAGCAUGAACCUGUCAGGCAGUGACCGGUUAGAUGAACGGCUUCAAGCUGAGCAGGAUCUUGAAAAGGUCAGGAUGUUUGGACUGCAAGCUGGGCAUAACGAAGUCAAUCAUUACGGGUUCCCAAACAAAUCUGAUCAUGCCAAUAAGCCAACUGGUUCUUAUAGGAAUUCACAGUUAAGAGGGUCACAAGGGCCUACAUAUAAUGGUGGAGUUGGACUACCUGGUCCUUACCAGCAUCUUGAUAACCCAAACUAUUACCCUUUAAAUCCAUCUGUAGCUUCUAUGAUGGCUAGCCAGCUUGGGAAUAGUAACUACUCUCCAAUGUAUGAUGAUGCUUCUGCUAUGGGAUUUUCUGGCGUGGACUCUAGACUUCAUGGAGGAGGUUUUGUAUCUUCUGGUCCAAACCACUCUGAGCUACGCAAUCUUGGGAGGCUGAAUAAUCGAAUGAUGGGAGGAGGUGCAGGCCUUCAGCCACAUAUGGGAGACCCGAUGUAUCAUCAGUAUGCUGAUACGCUUGAUCUUCUUAAUGAUCCUGCAAUGGGCAGGAGCUUUCUGGAUAAUAAUGCAUACAUGAAUGUACUAGAACUUCAGAGGGCUUAUCUCGGAGCUCAGAAAUCACAGUAUGGCGUUCCUUACAAACCCAGGAGCCCUAACAGCCAUAGCUAUUAUGGGAGUCCAACAUUUGGGUCUAAUAUGUCAUAUCCUGGCAGCCCUUUGGCGCAUCAUGUCAUGCAAAACCCUCUCAUAGCACCUUGUAGCCCUAUGAGACGAGGUGAAGUUAAUAUGAGAUAUCCCUCUGCAACAAGGAACUAUCCGGGAGGGGUAAUGGGUUCUUGGCCCAUGGAUGGUAGUUUAGAUGAAGGCUUUGGAACUUCAUUGCUUGAAGAGUUCAAAAAUAACAAAACAAGAGGUUUCGAACUUUCUGAAAUAGCUGGCCAUGUUGUAGAUUUCAGUGCGGAUCAAUAUGGGAGCCGGUUUAUUCAGCAGAAACUGGAGACAGCUACAACUGAUGAGAAAACCAUGGUUUAUGAAGAGAUCAUGCCACAAGCUCUUGCCCUAAUGACUGAUGUUUUUGGAAACUAUGUUAUUCAGAAGUUUUUUGAGCAUGGGCUCCCGACACAGAGGAGAGAAUUAGCUGAGAAGCUCUUUGACAAUGUGUUAGCUCUUAGCCUACAGAUGUAUGGUUGUCGUGUCAUCCAAAAGGCGAUUGAGGUGGUUGAUGUAGAUCAGAAAAUCAAGAUGGUGAAAGAACUUGAUGGACAUGUGAUGCGAUGCGUACGCGAUCAGAAUGGGAACCAUGUUGUUCAGAAGUGCAUUGAAUGUGUGCCUGAAGAAAACAUUGAAUUCGUUAUUUCGACUUUCUUUGGUCAAGUUGUGACCCUCUCCACUCACCCAUAUGGUUGCCGUGUUAUUCAGAGGGUAUUGGAGCACUGCCAUGACCCGGAUACUCAGAGUAAGGUUAUGGAAGAAAUCAUGUCCACUGUUAGUAUGCUAGCCCAAGAUCAGUAUGGAAACUAUGUUAUUCAGCAUGUACUGGAGCAUGGAAAACCUGAUGAGCGUACUGUGAUAAUCAAGGAAUUAGCUGGGAAGAUUGUUCUGAUGAGCCAGCAGAAGUUUGCAUCAAACGUGGUUGAGAAAUGUUUGACUUUUGGAGGGACAGAGGAACGAGAGCUGCUCGUGAAUGAGAUGCUGGGCACAACUGAUGAAAACGAGCCUCUUCAGGCUAUGAUGAAGGAUCAGUUUGCAAACUAUGUAGUGCAGAAAGUGUUGGAGACAUGCGAUGACCAACAGCGUGAGCAUAUUCUUAACCGUAUCAAAGUGCAUCUCAAUGCUCUUAAGAAGUACACUUACGGAAAGCACAUCGUUGCCCGUGUUGAAAAACUCGUUGCUGCUGGAGAGAGGAGAAUGGGUAUGCAGUCCCUAAACCUGCUUCAGGUGGCGUAA